CACCAUCUUCUCCCUUGACCCAGCUUUCAAUCAGAGGAUACCCCUCCGUCGCAGGCUCCACCCCCUGUUGCCAAGGAAGUGAGGUCACAUAAUAUGGCGGCUCGGACCUAGCUGUGCUGAGGGAGGAGUCGGGUCUUGGGGAAUCUGCGUCCAUCCUCCCCACCCGGAGUGUGCUGUCGCCCCCGAAACCCUCGGGCGUAGAGAGCCGGGGCUAAGGGCCGCGAUGGUAGCCGGCGUUGCCCUGCUCUGAGUCAGGGCCCUCACAACUGGGUUGGGUCCAAUCGAGCCGCCUCGAUGGAGUUGAGAGUCGGGAACCGGUACCGGCUUGGCCGGAAGAUCGGGAGCGGCUCCUUCGGGGACAUUUACCUCGGGACUGACAUUGCUGCUGGAGAAGAGGUUGCCAUCAAAUUGGAAUGUGUGAAAACCAAACAUCCUCAACUCCAUAUAGAAAGCAAAAUUUACAAAAUGAUGCAGGGUGGAGUGGGCAUUCCCACUAUCAAAUGGUGUGGUGCUGAAGGUGACUACAAUGUAAUGGUGAUGGAGUUGUUGGGACCAAGCCUUGAAGAUCUCUUUAACUUCUGUUCAAGAAAAUUCAGCCUCAAGACAGUCCUUUUACUUGCUGACCAAAUGAUUAGCCGAAUAGAAUAUAUUCAUUCGAAGAAUUUCAUCCAUCGAGAUGUAAAGCCUGAUAACUUCCUGAUGGGGUUAGGCAAGAAGGGUAAUCUUGUCUACAUCAUAGAUUUUGGACUGGCCAAGAAAUAUCGGGAUGCUCGAACCCACCAGCACAUUCCAUACCGUGAAAAUAAAAACUUAACAGGAACUGCCCGCUAUGCCUCUAUCAACACUCAUCUUGGAAUUGAACAAUCUCGCAGAGAUGACUUGGAGUCCUUGGGCUAUGUACUCAUGUAUUUUAACCUGGGCUCCCUCCCCUGGCAGGGAUUGAAGGCAGCUACAAAGAGACAGAAAUAUGAGCGCAUCAGUGAAAAGAAAAUGUCCACACCCAUUGAGGUUUUGUGUAAAGGAUACCCUUCUGAAUUUGCUACAUACCUGAAUUUCUGCCGCUCAUUGCGUUUUGAUGACAAACCAGAUUAUUCAUAUCUAAGGCAAUUAUUCAGAAACCUCUUCCACAGACAAGGCUUCUCCUAUGACUAUGUAUUUGACUGGAACAUGCUGAAAUUUGGUGCAAGCCGUGCAGUUGAAGAUGCUGAGCGUGAACGAAGAGAGAGAGAGGAAAGACUGAGACACACACGAAAUCCAGCUGUUCGCGGCUUACCUUCCACUGCCUCUGGCAGGCUGAGGGGGACACAAGAUGUAGCUCCACCAACUCCUCUUACCCCAACUUCACAUACAGCAAACACAUCUCCUCGGCCAGUGUCUGGAAUGGAGCGAGAACGGAAAGUGAGUAUGCGAUUGCAUCGUGGGGCCCCUGUCAAUAUCUCCUCGUCUGAUUUAACAGGCCGACAAGAUACCUCACGCAUGUCAACCUCACAGAUCUCAGAAGCCUUAUACAAAUGAAUGAAUGCUAGUACUUGUUACAUAUCAUGCCGAAGAAGGAUCAAUAAGUGCUGUCCUUUUAUCCUUAGUACAGACUCAGUUUGUCCAAUGUUACACAUGGACAAUGCAAAUUGUAGCCUUAGUCAUCCAUUCACACAGUUCUGUAGUGUCUAGUGGUAGAGAUGUACCCAUUUGGAGAUUUUGACAUGGCUUGAGCUAUAUUUCCAUAUAAAUGACCGUUAAGGGGAAGUAGCUUACCAGCUUCUAUCUGGUAUAAGUGACUGUCUGUAAAUCAUAUCCAAUGUAAGAGGAGUGUGCUUAAUGCUACUGUAGCUCUGAAAUUCUUAUGCCUGUGAAAUAAGAGGUUGAAAGAGGAAUGAAUUUGUCUUGCAUUCUUUGUAUUAAUUUCUUAGGUAUAACUCAUACCAUUUUUAUUUUCUCUUCUUGCACUUUUAGAGUUUGCUAAAUCUUGAAGUAAAAAUGGCUUCCAAACUAGCUUUGGGCAUGCUUUCUUGUCAAAAAUAUGAAGCUAAGCUAGAUUAGUUGUUCUGAAUGAAUCUGUACCUUACUGCAACAAGCAAGCUUCUUGACCUUGGGACAGCUAAUUGCAGUUUGUAAUGUUAGCCAUAUAGCAUGCAUUAUUAUUUUUUAUAACCUGUGACAUGUAUUCAGAAAAAUUCAGUUGAAUUACAGCACAGUUCACACAACAGGCCAUAAGUCUAAAUACUUGUUGCAUUAAAGCAGGAGUAUUUUUUGGAAGAUAAAUACAUCUCCUGCAUGAGUAGGAUGACAAUUGGCUCCAUUUUGUUGGUUAUUUCUUGUAUGUGUUUCCAAACAUAAGGAAAAGGUUGUCUGUCUCAUGGCUGAAGAGAGGAUAUUAGCUAAUAUGAGUAGCUUGAGGCAUUUCAGGUUUUUAGGUUCCCACACAAUAUGUAUGGCAUGCAACCAAAUAAGGCUUGGAUUAUAAACUUAGGCUGUGUCUCAGGGAGGCUAUAGCAAGGAAACAUGCAUUUUAGAAAGCAGUUCUCUGGGCUUCCUCAUUCCAAAGUAGUAGCCAAAAAAAAGUUGUGAAUUUAGAAACAUUGACACUGUUCAGAUUUGAUGCUAAGAGAGUGGCAUGUGAGCGUGUCUGAGAGAGAGAGAGAGAGAACACACUAACAUUUUAGGAAGGCCAGAGCAAGAAAGUGGCCAUUUAGAAGCACUAGCAAAUUGAUUUGUGACUUGAUGUAAAUUGAAGAAGUGCCAAAGGAGCAAAAUGUUCUGCGGUUGAACAGGACAUCAGCAUGGAUAUUGCAGUUGAUCUUUGGAACGCCAUGCAUCAAAAAUCAUCUGGUCAGGAAUGCUAGAUAAAGUUAGCAGAUGACAAGAGGAACUUGUGCUUGAAUCAUCACAGUUCCUCAAAUACUAAAUAGUAUCUUAUACAAGAGCAAAAACCUUUUGGGCAGACAGCAGCGCUUAAUGAAGAAGAAUAAGAAAUUUCACAUUUCAACUCCAUAGGAACACAAAUUCUGUAACCUAUCACAAGUGUUUGCAAUAAAGUGAUAAAAUUUAUUAUAAUACAUUGAGGCUUCAAAGUGAAACAUCUCAGUCUUUAAAUGACACUAGUAAGAUUUUCUGGAAGCCCAAAAUCUGCAGCUAAUAGGCAUUAUUUAUCAUACUACAUUCUUAUGCCAUACUUCUGCUUAUUUUGAAUGCUACCUCUUCAUGGACAGAUCAGAUGGUAGGCUUUUAAAUGAGUUUCUGAAUGUCUCAUUCCUAUUGUUAAUAUCCAGAAAAUGUCCACUCCAGGAAAUGAAGAAGAGUUCUGUAAAACAUAUUUUUCCCGCCAUUCAAUAUGCAUUGUAAAAAUUCACAGCGGGUAAGAUGGUGCUCCUUAGCUCCUACUCUAAGAGCCUGACCUUGCAUGCUGGAAUGGAGCUGGGAAAUAUGGGACUUGAAUGAGUAUUUCCUGUGGGUAUAUUACAGAUUUGCUAAUUUUGAAGAAAUUGAAGUUUUGGGGGUUUUGAGACUCUCUCUUUUAUCCUUCCAUCUGUAAAGCCAAGUUCCUGCAGACCUCGAAGGAAGAGGAAGAAAGUGCGUAUUACUUAAAUUACGUGGAAUAAAGCACUUUUAGACUCUGAGAUGUAAUUACUUGCUUUCCUUUACAUGAGGGCCAUUUAAUCCAAGCUGACUACAUUACAUUUAAUAUCUGAAAAUCAUCUUGGUUUUGAACUUAGCAGACACCAAACUUCUGGCCAAUUUUGUCUAGACCAAUGUGUCUCUUUCAUGGGUCUCUUUGUAAAUGAUGAAGGUUUGCAUUAUAUGCGUGGGAACUAUAGAAAGCCAUUUGUAAUUAGUCAUUUUCUUCCCAUUCUGAUGCAGAAUUAUAAAGAUUGCCUUGGCUGCAUUUUAGUGGGCAAAAUGUGGGUUUGAAAGAUUUCUAUACCACCCUUCAGCAAGCUUCUAGAGCAGUUUACAAAAACAAUGUCAUGGACCUACAUCCCCCACCCUCAAUCAUGUAUGAGUGUGUAAUAGUCCCUUGCUCAUGAAUUUAGUACUGAAAAAUGGUAUUGUCUUUCUAUCUUUGUUGGUUACUUGCUCAAAGUAAAAUGGUUAAUUAAAAACCGUCUAAAUUGUUUAAGAAGCAUUCUUUAAACCAGUUUAAUGAAAGCGCUCCAGGCUGAGAAGACUGCACAUUCUGUUUUCAAAGGGACCUCUUUCCAAAAGGUAUUGAAAAUCAGUAGCCAAAUGAGACUAAACUUUGGUUGUGAAAACCUGGUUCAUUGAAGCUUGAGAGUUCCCAAAGUGAAAAUCCAAAUCUAUACAUUCCAAACUGCUAACCCUUCUAGCAGAUGAAGUCCUCUCCAGCUCCUUUGCUGCCAUUGCCCCUCCUUGGAUUAACUGUUUGGGGGUGCAAAACCUCUGCCCUCUCUUCUCCAUAUAUGUAAGAAGUAGUUAUGGGUCAAAUUAUUGAAAUCAAACCAAAAAGGAUCCACUCCCUGUUUUGUAGUAGGUCAUAUUGUAGAUCAUGUUGACUUCUACUGACUUUAAAAACAUGCAGCUAUGAUCUAAUCUGAUGCAGAAGUUCCGUGGUAGAGUCCCCCAUCUGCUACAAAAUGGUGUAUUAUAUGAGCUCUCGCACAAGUACCUCAUUAUUUCUAGCAAAGAGCAAGCAGAGCAUACUUCACAGAAAAUGAUUUGUUUGAACAAUCUGUAACACACCUUUUUUUGGGAGGGGGAAACCAACCAGGUGUUUCACAAAAAGUAAUCAUAAUGCAGUGAACAUGAUGGGAUCAAAAAUGCCCUUGUUUUAUAAAACACAAUGUAUGACAUUUCUUGGAGUUACUUUUUCUAUUCUUCACAAAAGAGCAUACAGAUUAAGAGUUUCCGAUCUCCCACUUCUUGAACUAAAAGGGAUUGAUCUGUCACAUAGUAAAACAUUCUUUCAGCCAAACCUGAGCCUUUCAAUUUGGAGGAGCAAAUGUACUGAGUGCACUGUAGCUGUAUUUUCAAGAUAACUAGCGAAGCUUUUGAAGUUUGCCACUUUUCUGGAAUGACAGUUGCCCCUUGCCUAGAAGCAAAUGGCACCAGCCUACACUUCCUUUGCUACUAUAACAGUGUGCUGUAUUCUGUCACCAGAGGAAAAAUGCAGUCCUAUGAUGGCUAUACAUCUGACUGUUUGCCAGAAAUACUAUAACAACUGUCUGCCCUCCCUGUUUUCUGGCUUUAACCUCCUUCCUCAUUCUCUGCUAUAGUGCUGUGUUUCUAUGUAGCACAGUGCUGUGCAUGGCAGCCAGGGAGCAGGAAGAGAAUACUUGAGGCAAACAAGCGGAAUAGAGGUUCAAUAACAACGAAACAAUCCUUAACAUGUACAAAAGAACGAUCAUUUGGCAUAUGUUGACACUGAAAGAUUAAAGGUCUCACUGUUUUACUUCCUUUGAAGAGUUCUGCUUUUGUUUUCUUGGCUAAAUGUCUUUGCUACCAUUUUUAAAGCAUUUUCCUCUGUUGUGAAGAUACUGCUUUGCUAACAAGUCACAGUUCUUGCAGUGGGUAUAAUACAGCCUGCUUGCUGUGUUUAUGUUGCGUAAGGUCAGUCAGGUUGCCUGGAUCUCAGCUAGGAAAUCUUGAACAUAAGACAUUUUUGUAAUUUUUCAUAGUUAUAACCUAAUCACAGUGGCCUCUUCCACAGUUCUAAACCAUUUCAAACAUGAUUAAAUUGUGUGAAUCCUUACCUGGCAUCCCAGUUAAUAUUUGGUUAUGUCGUCAUUAAAUCCCAGUAUGACAUCUUAUAGUCAACAUUAACGAUUUCCUUGGUGACCA